UCAAAGCCCCAGGCCCAGAAACCUACCCACCCUCCCCGUUUCACGAGGCGCGGCGCGGGGGCGGCCAUUAGUAAGCGCAGCAGCGGCCAGCCAGCCAGCGCGCGCGGCGCCCUGGCCGGCACCCGGCAGUAUAAAGAGUUACCACCACUCCUCCCAUGCCGCUUGCCGAGACGACCGAGCAAAGCAACCAAGCAGCUGCCCGGCCAACCUCGGACGGACGGCGCGUCGUGCGUGUGUGCGUGAGAGAGAUGCAGAUGGAGUGGGACAUGGGAGGGGGAGGUGGUGGGCACGGAGGCGGCGCUGUCGGGGACGGUGGGGCGAGGGCGGGAGGCCUUGUUGUCGGAGGCGUUGUUGUCGGGGGAGGGGACCAGCACCACCACCACCACCUCCAACACCACCAGCAGCAGCAGCGCGUGGAGGCGCACUACCGCGGGGUGCGGAAGCGGCCGUGGGGCCGGUACGCGGCGGAGAUCCGGGACCCGUGGCGGAAGACGCGGGUGUGGCUCGGCACCUACGACUCCCCCGUCGAGGCCGCCAUGGCCUACGACCGCGCCGCCGUCGCGCUGCGCGGCUCCAAGGCCAGGCUCAACUUCGGCGGCGACGGCGGCGCCGGGGGCCGCGGCCGGGACCCGCCGGUGCAGCUGCUGCGCAUGCUGCAGCCGCCCGGCUGCCACCAGCUCGGCGGGCUCGGCAUGGGCCGCCAGCACCCCGGGCACGUCAUCUACUCCCUCCCGUCCUGGCUGCACCACGAGGCCGCCGUGGCGUCGCCGGUGGGGUCCCUCCUGGGCGCCGCCGACGUCGCCGCCUCGCAGCCGUCGACGGCGCUCGAGCUCCGGACGGGGCCCAAGGCCCUCCCGUUCGACCUCAACGAGCCGCCGCCGUCGCUGCUGUUCGGGUCGUGAUCUCUGAUCUCCACGGACGCGCAUGGAGUAGAGUCGUAGAGGUAGAUCAGUAUCGAGCGCGGGGGAUCAUGAUCCACGCGGUAGGAGUGAGCGAGUAGCGAGGCUAAAUCAACAUGGGGGAGUGGAGAACAUGUGUCCGGUUGUAGAUAUAGCUAUUUAAGGAAAUCUUGCUUUUCUCGUCU